AUGAAAAAUGAAAAAUUAAAAGUAGAUAAUCAUAUUCAUAAUAACAUUCAAUUUAUUGAUUGUUUAGAAUUUUGGGUAUCAAAUGCAAAAUCAUUUAUAAAAUCAUUCCUCCAACCAAUGAACUUUGAAGUGAUUGGAACGAGAUUCAAUGAUGAACGUUCAAGAAUUCAAUAUCUUUUAUUAAAUAAUGUAAUAUCAAGAUCUAAUCUACAAAAUCAAUUUCAAAUUGAAAAUAAUUCAUAUAUAAAACCAAUACAAGGUAAUCAAUUUAUCAAAGUUACAAGUUCAAUAUCACCAAAUGAUUUAGAUUUUCAUUCAAAAAUUCAAAAACAUGGUGAUUUUAUUCAAAAUAUUAGUUUUUAUUGUAAUGAUAUAAAUUUAGCAUAUAAUAAAUCAAUUAAUAAUGGUGCAAAAUCUGUUCAAUUACCAAUGAAAGAAUAUUUUAAAAAUUGUAAAGAUAUUGUUGAAACUGCAAUAAUUGAAUCACCAUUCAAAGAUUUACAACAUACAUUUAUAAAUAGAAAUAUAACAAGUUUUGAUGAUAAUAACAAUAAUAAUUAUGAUAAUAAUAAAGAAAUAUUUGGAAAUCCAUUAUUUUUAUAUCCAGAAUUUCAAGAGAUAAAAGAUAAAGAAUUAUUUAAAAUUGAAAAAGAAGAUUCAUCAAGCAUUAAUGGUUGUACUGGAUCAUUGGAUCAUAUUGCUACAUGUAUAAAGAAUGGUGAAAUGAAUUAUUUCGUUGAAUGGUAUCGUAAAUGUUUAGGUUUUAAAUUAUUAUCAGAUAAAGAUAGUGUUGCAACAGAUGAGAGUGAAAAUUUUGAAAAUGAAUUAAUAUUGGAUAAAAACUUUUAUGUAAUUACUAAAUCUGAUUUUAAGUAUACAAAAAAGGAGAAUAUUGGUUUAAAGAUGGCAGUACUAUCAAAUCAACCUUUAAAUACAUCAUUUCAUAAAACACCACCUAUUCAAUUUGUAAUUUCUGAAGCAAUUCAAGGUGGUGAAGGUCAAAUUGAACAAUUUAUUCAUUAUUUCGGUGGUGAAGGUGUUCAACAUUUAGCUUUCAAUUCAAAUAAUAUCUUUAAGGCUGUUGAAAUUGCUAAAUCUCAAAAAUUGGAAUUCGUCUAUAUACCUCAAUCUUAUUAUUCAAAAUUGGAUGAACGUUUAAAACAUCUAUUUCCAAAUUCAAUUCCAAAAAUUUUAAAAGAAAAUUUAAUGAAAUUUGGAAUUUUAAUUGAUUCUGAUGCAAUUACAAAUACAAAUGAAAAUAAUAGUAAUAAUAAUAAUAAUAAUGAUUCUCAAAAUAAUACUGAAAUUAAUCAAAAUAUUGGUUAUAUUAAACAAAUUUUUACAAAAUAUAUAAAUGAUAGACCAACAAUGUUUUUUGAAUUAAUUGAAAGAUCAAAUGCGUUGGGUUUUGGAAAAGGAAAUAUUAUUGCGUUAUUUGAAUCUUUGGAAAAAGAAAGUAGUGGUUCUCAAUUAAAAAGUGAUUAA